AUGGAUGAACUCUGCAUCCAACGUCCGUCUGUGGGAGACGGGGCUCCCGAUUUCUGCCAGGUGGAGUUGCGUCUGCUGGCCCACCUGUCCUCUGACCCAGAGCUGCUGAGGAUCUUCAGCGACGCCCAGGCCGACGUGUUCUCCAUGCUGGCCUCGCAGUGGAAAGGUGUCGGGGAGAAGAACGUGAGCUCAGAGGAGAGAGAACAGGCCAAGAGGAUUGUGUACUCUGUUGUGUAUGGAGCAGGGCGCGAGCGUCUGUCUGGGAUCCUGGGGGUGAGUGCAGAGCAGGCCAGCCUCUUCCAGGACAGCUUCCUGCAGACCUACAAAGAGGUGCAGGUCUUCAUCCAGAGAACCAUCCAGCAGUGCCACAAACAAGGUUAUGUGGUGUCCAUCAUGGGUCGGCGGCGGUCCCUCCCCCUCAUCCACUCCUCCGACUGGGGGGUCCGCAUGCAGGCCGAGAGACAGGCCGUCAACUUUGUAGUCCAAGGCUCAGCAGCAGACCUGUGUAAGAUGGCCAUGAUCAGAAUCUUCUCCCAGAUCUCCUCCAGCUCUUCUCCCUCUGCCAGACUGCUGGCUCAGAUCCAUGAUGAGCUACUGUAUGAGGUGCAGGACUCCCAGGUUGAGGAGGUGGCAGCUCUGGUGAAGACCACCAUGGAGUCACUGCAGCAUGUAGAAUGUCUUGGAGUUCAUCUCAAAGUCCCCCUGAAGGUGCUGCUCUCCAGAGGGAAGUCCUGGGGGUCCAUGUCUGAGCUGAACCUUCCCCCUACAUCCCCCUCUCCCUCCCUCUAGAGCCCCCUCUUCACUUCCUCGCACCACUCUCUCUUGAGCCUUCCCCCUACCUCCCCCUCUCCCUCCCUCUAGAGCUCUCUCUUCACCUCCUCGCACCACUCUCUCUUGAAUCUUCCCCUCUCGUCCUAUGACUCUCGACCUGUCUUUCUCUUUUUCCUCUCUCCCUCUUUCUGUCUCACCGUCUCUUGCUCCAUCUCUAACCCGUCCCCAUCGCUAUGGAAACCAGGCAGCUGCAGCUCCUUCAAGCUCCCAAUUCUAGCUCGCUUGCCGUCCGUAUCCGGGGGCAACGGCAGGAGCGACAGACUGGAUUGUGCCAGUUCCUCUUUUUACUCCAUUUUGUUGGAGACUUGAACCCUUUUUCUCGUCUCUUCCUCUCCCUCUCUUUUGAAGCCCGUGGUUCUCUUUCCGAGGUCAGGCCAUGCUGUUAAGAAGUGUUUGUAUUCAUAAGAAAUGAAGAACAUACUUUCUAACAGUUUUUAACUGUUUUUCAAAAGAAAAAAGCUAUUAGAAUUUCUCACGUUAAUAACCUUCGUUCAUUUUAAAGGGCUCAUAACAAUGUUUAACUUAUUUCAAAAUAUUUCUGCAGUGGUUAUUCAGUCAGUUCAGAC